AUGGCCAGUGGCAAAGACUUGUUUCGUGUUGCUUUGGAGAGGAGAGUGGGGGUUGGUCCUCCCGUCCAGUCUCUGUUUCGGGAGGCAUUGGAGUGUGGAAAUUCAUUCGGAAGGGAUUGGGAGAUGGAAGAGGCAUGUGUUUUUUUGGAUAUGCUGUACAGACAAAAGGAUAUUGGCAAAAGGUGUGACGAUAUUUUGUGGGUCCCGUUAACACAUGGUAGGUAUGGUGUCCGAUCCAUGUUCUUUUGUUUGUCCAAUUUCAUUGGUCACGACUUCCCAUGGAAGUCUAUUUGGUGUUCUAAAGCUCCUCUUAGAAUUGCAUUUUUUGUUUGGACUGCCACACUGGGAAAGAUUUUGACACUGGAUAAUCUGAGGAAGAGAGGUAACACCAUUGUUAAUUGGUGUUGCCAAUGCAAAGCAGACGGAGAAUCUGUGGAUCACAUUCUUAUGCAUUGUCUUGUGGCGUACGAUUGUUGGAAUUUCAUAUUUAGCAUGUUUGGCGUUUAUUGGAUUAUGCCUAAGCACUCCUUACAACUGAUUAACGCAUGGAAAUGA